UGGGCUGAUAAUUGUAAAGGUCUGCGAUCGAAUCCGAAGAAUUUACGGCUUUAAGCUUGAAAAGUUGGCUGUAGAGUCCGUAAAAGCUUUCCAUAACUGCGAUCGAAUUGCUGAGUCAGGGCUACCGAGUUGGCGAGUCUUCAUGGCGGAUUUUCAGACAUCGACUCACAAAGCCAAGUGGAUCUUCUCUCCUCAAGAACUGGUUGAGAAAUACAAGGCUGCUAAUCAAAGAGCAAUACAAACACUGGACAAGUAUGGAACAACACAAAUGGAAGUAGAUGCCGAUGGUUCACUAUCGUAUCCUGAAUCUAUUGCAAGAGAUAAUGCUGACAAGCAUCCUCGUCCGAAACCACUUAACAUUGAAGAGGAACAAUUCAUGCGGGUGUUUUAUGAGAACAAACUUCGAGAAGUUUGUAGUGCAUUCUACUUUCCUAAUAAAAUUCAGGCAACAGCUCUAAUCUAUUUCAAGAGGUUUUACUUGCAAUGGUCGGUCAUGGAACAUCAGCCAAAACAUAUAAUGUUAACCUGUGUGUAUGCGGCCUGCAAGAUAGAAGAAAAUCACGUGUCAGCAGAGGAGCUUGGUAAGGGGAUUUCACAGGAUCAUCAAAUGAUUCUCAAUUAUGAGAUGAUUGUUUAUCAGAGUCUGGAAUUUGAUCUCAUUGUUUAUGCACCCUAUCGUUCAGUUGAAGGUUUUGUCAAUGACAUGGAGGAAUACUGUGGAGCAAAGGAUGAAGAAAAUCUAAUCCUAAAGGAUUUGCAAGAAACUGCAAGGAUGGAAGUUGACAAAAUUAUGCUUACUGAUGCUCCACAUCUAUUUCCUCCUGGCCAGUUGGCACUGGCUGCUUUACGCAGUGCGAAUGAGAAGCAUAGAGUUCUCAACUUUGAGGGAUACCUUAAAAGUAUUCUUACACGCCAGAAUUUGGAGCAUACCAUUUCCCAGCUUAUAGAAUCUCUAAAUUCUAUAGAUACUUGGGUUAGUAAAUAUAAGUUCCCCACAGAGAAGGAUAUGAAGCACAUCAACCGGAAACUGAAAUCUUGUUGGGGGCACAGCUCGCAUGAUGACAGUAAGAAGCGGGAGAAGAAAAGGCACAAAUCCCAUAAGAGUUCAAAUGAAAUUCAGAAUUGACCCGCUAUUGCUUAACUGCAUGUUUUCACUUUGCACAUUGGAGUUACCUAGUUUGAUCAAGUAAUUAGUUCGGUUUAGCUCCUCUGAAGAUUUGUCUUGAGUCCUGAUUAUCGUGAUACCACAUUCUGAUGCGAGAGUCUAGGCAGUAAUCUUAUCACACUGGGAACCAGGGCCAUCGAGCAACCCGUUUCAUUGCUUAUUAUGGUAGAGUCCAUGUACCAGACAUCAGUAUAUUCUGUAUGGUGACCAGACCCUUGAAGAAAGCUAAAUCCUUUUGAUCUGAGGCUGCCUCUGAUUUCACAUGAUGGAACAUUUUUGUGCUAGUUAAAAGUGGAUUCUGGCAUGAAGAAAAAAUUUGACAACAUAUGACCAUUUAUUUGUAAUUUUUUCUCUCAAACUGGUGGAGAUGAUUCUCCACACAACAUCAUGGAGAUGCUGUGUUAAUCUUUAUUACAUUGAAGAAAAGCAAAUUUUUACAUUUCCAAUUUGUCAAAAAGAAAAAAAAAUUCAUUAUUUUCCAAAUAGAAAAAAAAAAAGUUUGUAGAACAAGAAAGGGAGGGGAAACUUUCAUGAACUCAUUAUUUGAAAACAACGGUGUCGUUUCAAGAACUUCUUCGUUCUUCCUUGGAAACAUUUUUCUUCAUCCGUUAAAGACGGAAACCUCACUAAUUAUUCUUCAACUGAAGCUUUCAAUGGCGUGCUUUGUUUCUCUAAGCUUCUCAGUUCCUCCCUGUUCUUUUCACAACCCAUUUAAGGGUAGAUAUCCAAAGCAAUCAGCUUUCUGUAGACUUCCAGGCCUGGCAACCAUCAAAACAGCAUCUUAUUUUCUGGCCCCCUGCAGCUCAAACAAAGGCAUAUUUUCUGUCAGUAGUGAACAUUAUCUGACUACCCUGUCAAAGCAUUUUGAUGAAAUUGUUCCAUGUAGUUUGAAUAUUUGCUGAAGCUCACAUGGACAGUUCAUGAUCCUCUUGCCUUCUGUCCUCAAAAAUGGGCGCACCAAAUGCAAUUACAAUGCCAUAUUGCUUUAAUUUAUUGGAGUUCACCAUUGCCAAAGUUCCGGUCGGUGCUCGCCGACAAGGGAUGCAGGCUGCUCCGGUUAUGGAGCUCAAUACAGCGCAAUUCCGUGGUCGGAGCCAGCAGCAGCAACAUUUAUCCUUAAAUCAUUCUAUCAAGAAAACUUUACUUAGUACCGCAUUGAUAUAGUUGGUCCCAGAGUUUUAAGGUUUUCAAAAUCAUCCUAUCAAGAAUACCUCUGCAUAUUAGUACAUUGGUAUAGUUAUACUCAAAAUUUUGAUGUUUUCAAAAUCACUAUAUGAAGAAACGAUCAAGCAGAAUACUGGAUUGGUUAUGGUUGGUGCAAAAAGUUCGAGGUUUAAUCAGCUUUUUUCUCCUGUACUACCUAAUUUAUCUAUUAUUGUUCUUUCUCCUUUGAAGGGGAGACAUUUUGAGUUGGAAUUUCUUUAAUUUCAUCCCUUUUCUAUGAAGUACAGCUUAUCGUUCUAUUGGAUGGAAAGAGAGGGGAAACAUACCAUAGUUGAGAAGUGGUCCCCUUGGAGCUUACAGAAGCCCUAGGUUUUUAUGCCCUACCCUUGACAGAUAUUCUUGUUUUAUUAAUUAGAGUUUGAGCAACAUCUUUAACGUGAAGAUAGCCUGAACCAUGGCAGAUAUAGUUAAAAAAAAAAAAAGCAUGCCUGAAGAUUCAAAUUGCAUUUUCACGAUUACUCAUGCAUUGUGAAGCAACAGUUACAGUGGUCCCCGUUUCUAGGGUUUGGGAAACCCUUAACCUAGUAUAGUUUAGCCUGUACUUUGACUCUUCUUUUGCUGGAAAUUUAUGUGGAACAUGGUAACAGUGCUUGCUAACACAAAGAUCCAGAAAGGGUAUUUGUUGUUUCAAGUUUAGAAUGGAAAUUAGGAAAUGGGAAUGAGUGCCAGAGCUGCACGUUUUCACUAAGAGGAGAAAGUACUUGCAACUUUCUUUUCUGUAACUUGCACCAAUCUUUUCUGUCCUCGAAUAAGGAAAUAGGGGGACUUUGGAAGCUGCAGUAGUGGUUUAUUUGAUCUGAUCAUGCUCUUGCUUUUUCUUUUUCUUUUAGAUAUCUUUUAUUUCUUUCUUUUCCUUUUUCCUUUGUUUCUCCCUCUUUGGAAGGAAUAAGAACCCCAAAUUGAUGAACUGAUAUUGAUAUGCAGUUUUGAGCCUGAUUGUUGACACUUUCGGUAAAGAAUGCUUGAUGUUUAGCCACAUUUUCCACCUAAAGAGCCCUGGAUAGGUUAGUGAAGUCUACGAGUAGUCAAACAGCUGAACACAAUUGUAAAUGGUGUCGACAUCUACAUCAACAUAUAUUCAACCAUUAACUUUAUCUUUCAAAUGGUACUUUAAUAGGAAACCCUAAACCUGAG